CCCUUCCCUCCCUCACGCUUCUUCCCCUCCCCCUGCUCCCUUUUCCCUUCGGUUUCGUUCUUUCCUACCGAGGCCGACCCCUGAAUCGUGGGGUCUGGUCGGUGAGAAAGAGCCAUCGUAGCUGGAAGCAGGGAGGUGUGGGAAACACUGUUAAUUGAGAGGACAACAGUAUGUCCUCCCUCCCUGGGUGCAUUGGUUUGGAUGCAGCAGCAGCUGCAAUGGAGUCUGAAGAAAUUGCAGAGCUGCAACAGGCAGUCGUUGAGGAACUGGGUAUCUCUAUGGAAGAACUUCGACAGUUCAUUGAUGAAGAAUUGGAAAAGAUGGACUGUGUACAGCAGCGCAAGAAGCAACUAGCAGAGUUGGAGACUUGGGUAAUACAGAAGGAAUCCGAGGUGGCCCAUGUUGACCAGCUCUUUGAUGAUGCAUCCAAGGCAGUGACUAAUUGUGAGUCUUUGGUGAAGGACUUUUAUUCUAAACUGGGACUACAAUACCGAGACAGUAGCUCUGAGGAUGAAGCUUCCCGGCCUACAGAAAUAAUUGAGAUUCCUGAUGAAGAUGAUGAUGUCCUCAGUAUUGAUUCAGGGGAUGCUGGGAGCAGAACUCCAAAAGAUCAGAAGCUUCGUGAAGCUAUGGCUGCCUUAAGAAAGUCGGCUCAAGAUGUCCAGAAGUUCAUGGAUGCCGUCAACAAGAAGAGCAGUUCCCAGGAUCUUCACAAAGGAACCUUGAGUCAGAUGACUGGAGAGUUGACCAAAGAUGGUGACCUGACAGUCGGCAUGCGCAUACUGGGCAAGAAGAGAACUAAGACAUGGCACAAAGGCACCCUUAUUGCCAUCCAGACAGUUGGGCCAGGAAAGAAGUACAAGGUGAAAUUUGACAACAAAGGAAAGAGUCUACUGUCAGGGAACCAUAUUGCCUAUGACCACCACCCUCCUGUUGACAAGCUGUAUGUGGGCAGUCGAGUAGUGGCCAAAUACAAAGAUGGGAAUCAGGUCUGGCUCUAUGCUGGCAUUGUAGCUGAGACACCAAACGUCAAAAACAAGAACAGGUUUCUCAUUUUCUUUGAUGAUGGCUACGCUUCCUAUGUUACCGAGUCUGAACUGUAUCCCAUUUGCCGGCCACUGAAAAAGACUUGGGAGGACAUAGAAGACAUCUCCUGCCGAGACUUCAUAGAGGAGUAUAUCACUGCUUACCCCAACCGCCCCAUGGUGCUGCUCAAGAGUGGCCAGCUCAUCAAGACUGAGUGGGAAGGCACAUGGUGGAAGUCCCGAGUCGAGGAGGUGGACGGCAGCCUAGUCAGGAUCCUCUUCCUGGAUGACAAAAGGUGUGAAUGGAUCUAUCGAGGCUCUACACGGCUGGAGCCCAUGUUCAGCAUGAAGACAUCUUCAGCCUCUGCACUGGAGAAGAAGCAAGGGGGACAGCUCAGGACACGUCCAAAUAUGGGUGCUGUGAGGAGCAAAGGUCCUGUGGUCCAGUAUACUCAGGAUCUGACCAGUACUGGAACCCAGUUUAAGCCACUGGAGCCCCCACAGCCUACAGCCUCACCUGUCCCACCUGCCCCCGCCCCACCAGGUCCACCUCUGUCCCCACAGGCAGGUGACAAUGACUUGGAAAGCCAGCUUGCCCAAUCUCGAAAGCAGGUAGCCAAAAAAAGCACAUCCUUCCGACCAGGAUCUGUGGGCUCUGGUCAUUCCUCCCCUACAUCCCCUGCACUCAGUGAAACUGCCCCUGUUGGGAAACCAGGGAUCAAUCAGACAUAUAGAUCACCUUUAGGCUCAACAACCUCUGCCCCAACACCCCCAGCUCCCCCGGCACCCCCAGCCUUCCAUGGCAUGCUGGAGCGGGCCCCUGCAGAGCCCUCCUACCGCGCCCCCAUGGAGAAGCUUUUCUACUUACCUCACGUGUGCAGCUAUACUUGUCUGUCUCGAGUCAGACCUAUGAGAAAUGAGCAGUAUCGGGGCAAGAACCCUCUCCUAGUCCCACUACUGUAUGACUUCCGGAGGAUGACAGCCCGGCGCCGAGUUAACCGGAAGAUGGGCUUUCAUGUUAUCUAUAAGACACCCUGUGGCCUCUGCCUUCGGACAAUGCAGGAAAUUGAGCGCUACCUUUUUGAGACUGGCUGUGACUUCCUCUUCCUGGAGAUGUUCUGUUUGGAUCCAUAUGUUCUUGUGGACCGAAAGUUUCAGCCCUAUAAGCCUUUUUACUAUAUUUUGGACAUCACCUAUGGGAAGGAAGAUGUUCCCCUCUCCUGUGUCAAUGAGAUUGACACAACUCCCCCACCCCAAGUGGCCUACAGCAAGGAACGAAUCCCGGGCAAGGGUGUUUUCAUUAACACAGGUCCUGAAUUUCUGGUUGGCUGUGACUGCAAAGAUGGGUGCCGCGACAAAUCCAAGUGUGCCUGCCAUCAGCUAACUAUCCAGGCUACAGCCUGCACCCCAGGUGGCCAAAUCAACCCUAAUUCUGGCUACCAGUACAAGAGACUAGAAGAGUGUCUGCCCACAGGAGUUUAUGAGUGUAACAAACGCUGCAAAUGUGAUCCAAACAUGUGCACAAACCGGUUGGUGCAACAUGGACUGCAGGUUCGGCUGCAGCUCUUCAAGACCCAGAACAAGGGCUGGGGUAUCCGCUGCUUGGAUGACAUUGCCAAAGGCUCCUUUGUCUGUAUUUAUGCAGGCAAAAUCCUGACAGAUGACUUUGCUGACAAGGAGGGCCUGGAAAUGGGUGAUGAGUACUUUGCCAAUCUGGACCAUAUUGAGAGUGUGGAGAACUUCAAGGAAGGAUAUGAGAGUGAUGCCCCCUGUUCCUCUGACAGCAGUGGUGUAGACUUGAAGGAUCAGGAAGAUGGCAACAGCGGUACCGAGGACCCGGAAGAGUCCAACGACGAUAGCUCGGAUGAUAACUUCUGUAAGGAUGAGGACUUCAGCACCAGCUCAGUGUGGCGAAGCUAUGCUACCCGGCGGCAGACCCGGGGCCAGAAGGAGAAUGGAUUAUCUGAGAUGCCGUCCAAGGACUCUCGUCCCCCAGACCUCGGGCCACCACAUAUUCCUGUCUCCCCAUCAAUCCCUGUAGGUAGCUGCAAUCCACCUUCUUCUGAAGAGACACCCAAGAACAAGGUGGCUUCGUGGUUGAGCUGCAAUAGUGUCAAUGAAGGUGGCUUUGCUGACUCUGAUAGCCGUUCAUCCUUCAAGACUAGUGAAGGUGGAGAAGGCCGGGCUGGGGGAAGCAGAGGGGAGGCUGAGAAGGCUUCCAGCUCAGGGCUGGGCUUCAAGGAUGAGGGAGACAUCAAGCAGGCCAAGAAAGAGGACCCUGAUGACCGAAGCAAGAUGUCAAUAGUUACUGAAAGCUCUCGAAAUUAUGGUUACAAUCCUUCUCCUGUGAAGAUUGAAGGACUUCGCCGCCCACCAAGUAAGACUAGUAUGCAUCAGAGCCGACGACUCUUGGCCUUUGCUCAGUCGAACCCUGAUGAUAUCCUGACACUGUCCAGCAGCACAGAAAGUGAGGGGGAAAGUGGGACCAGCCGAAAGCCCACUGCUGGUCAGACUUCAGCCACAGCCGUUGACAGUGAUGAUAUCCAGACCAUCUCGUCUGGCUCUGAAGGGGAUGACUUUGAGGACAAGAAGAACAUGUCUGGUCCAGUGAAGCGCCAAGUGGCAGUUAAAUCAACCCGGGGUUUUGCUCUCAAAUCAACCCAUGGGAUUGCCAUUAAAUCAACCAACAUGGCAUCCGUGGAAAAGGGGGAGAGCGCGCCUGUUCGUAAGAACACACGCCAGUUCUACGAUGGUGAGGAGUCUUGCUACAUCAUCGACGCCAAGCUUGAAGGCAACCUGGGCCGCUACCUCAAUCACAGUUGCAGCCCCAACCUGUUUGUCCAGAAUGUCUUCGUGGAUACUCAUGAUCUUCGCUUCCCAUGGGUGGCCUUCUUUGCCAGCAAGAGAAUUCGAGCUGGGACAGAACUUACCUGGGACUACAACUAUGAGGUGGGCAGUGUGGAAGGCAAGGAGCUGCUUUGCUGCUGUGGAGCCAUCGAAUGCAGAGGCCGUCUUCUCUAAAGGACAGCCUUCUUCCUAACCUUCUGAACUCUUCCUGAAUUGCCCUUUCCUCAGGAACUGGGUCUUCCUGACUAUUGAAUUCUAACCCCCCAAGUCUCCAGUCUAGCAACUCUCCCAGCUCCUAAUAGAUAGAAAUGGGGGUUCUGGAUCAGGAGAUCCCUUCCAAUGUGGUGCUAGCAGGCAGGGGCCCUCCUCCACCUCCUAAGACACUAGAGGUGGGAGAGGUUACCAUUCUAACCUGGGCCUGACAUUCUCCUGUUGCUCAUCCCUCCUACCCUACGUUGGUUUGAGUGUUCAUGCUUCUAACAGACUUUAUUCCUGGAAUGAGGACUGUGUAUUUUACAGUCCCUGGUUUGUAUUGUUUCUUGGAAGUCUUUUAACAAGAUGAUAAAACUAAGAUUAUAAUUUGAUUUCUCUCUCUCAUCUCUCAAUUCUGGGUCUUUAGAUGAGCGAUUAUCUCCCCCCAUCCUUCCCAGUGGGCAGCUGUCAUUAAUCUUGACCUUUCUCUAUUUUUGCUUUUUCUCAUUUGCCAUGUAAAAUUUUAAAAAGAAAAUGUUACAUAACCAUGAUGAAGGCAUGAGGAAGACUACCUUAGUUUAUUUAGUUGAUCGCUCUUCUCUCAAUUCUUAAUAGUCUCAAACACUUGUUGCCAUGUUUCACUUAAUCUUUAAUAUAUUUUAAUUAAAAAAAACCAUUAACAGUACAUUUUGGUCUGAAGUGGUCCCUCUGCUGAAAUGCCAGGUGCUAGCUGUAAUUCUGGCUUUAAAACCAAAAACCCCAAAUGUUUAAUAAAUAAAAAUUAGAACUAGUUGCCAUUCUACUCCAAACCGGCUAGCCUAGGGAAAGAGGCCAGAGAAAGGAGGCAUUAGGAUCUUGGACCUGUGACUAUGGGGACAGCUGGCAGAGAAGUAACAGAAGACUUGUCUGAGCAGUCCCCAGUGUGGCCCCCACUUUUUGGCAGAGGUAGGAUAUGGGUCACAUGCACCCCUCCUACACUCAGUUCAUUUGUUUCUUAGGAGGGAAAAAGUGAAAGCUCAGCUUUGGUUUCUGGUCCAAGUUGGGGAGCUUAGAAGGUGAGCCUUGGUCCAACUUUGGCAGAAUGAGGCCCACAGGUGGGACAGUAAGGCACGACCCUGGCUUUAGAGGUCAGGGAGUCAAAGGCAGACAGCUAGGGCCAAAUUCUGAAGUUAUUGGAAUGUGAGUUGUAGCCUCCCGACCCCCAGAGCGCAGGAAAGGUCUCGAAAGUAAUAGAAAGGACAACUUGGAAAACAGAGA